UAUUUGCCAGACUUGAGUAUUCUUCUCUCCAGGUUGAUCAGAUGUCAGUGAUUAAGCAAUCAGUCCACAGCCAGUAAAAAUGCGUCAUUAACGACAAUGUUUCCUCUCUACUGUUGUUAGAUGACUAAGUCUUAAGCUUUGAAAUGUGGUCAGCUGUUCUCAACCAGGGUUGCCAACAGCGGUGGACCUCCAAUAUGGCCACCAGAGGAUUGCAUUACAAUGAAGGUGUAGGUAGUGGAACUCAAUGUCAGGAAGAUGCCCCUGGUGUUCAAUACGUUCAGUGUAUAUUUUAAUGAGAUUGCUUAAGAUUAUUAUUAUUUUUUUUUUUUUUUUUACAUAUUUGUUUUCCAUUAUCCAUGUUUUCACUAUGUUUGUACCUCACAUGCACAGAAAUCAGUAAUGAUGCACUUCCCAAGUCCAAACAUUAAUGAUAACAGCGUCAUUGCUAGCUGCCAUUCUAAAUCCACUCUGCUUAUGUAGUUAAUAAUCUUUAACCAGCACAGCUAAUGUAUAUCUCUUAAACCUUUACCUUCAAGGAGUGUAACACAUCCAAUCAAUUAUUACAAAAACUACCUAAUCAAUAGGCCACAGCCCCUGGCACUUUGUAAAUGAAACUCAGUAAAAUAUGAACAUUCCCCCUCAGGCACUAAACAAGCAACAGGAUUUAUUAACCACUUUCAUGUUAAAGACACCUCAGCUGAUACUAAGCCAUGGAGCCUCAUUUGAUCAAAUUAAGUCUCAAGGACUCACACUAAAUACAAUAGCCAUCUCACGUUUAAUAACUUGGACUCAGAAGGAAUUCAUAUUACUGUGAAAUUCCACUUUAUAAACCUCUGGAAACCUCUUAGGGAAAUAUUCCUUUUUGAGAACCACUUCUGUAGCUAGCCUUCUGAUUAAUCUCUUCUUAGGAACAGUGGAGGAAACUGGACGGGCCCAUUGUGUUUAGAGGUAGCUGUUCAGCAUCAGUACGUAAGUUACACGUCGUUUACAUGACAUUUAAGUUCGGGGACUUAACAGUAAAGCCUAUGGCCUGGUCAAUUAUACUGUUCCCGGACUACUACUGCUGCUUCCAGGUUGGAGUCUUGUUUGGAUCAACCAAUGGAUUCAGUCAGUAUCCAUGAAGUCAUCAAGUAUAUGCCCUCACCGCUGCCAGCCACACAUUAUGAUGCUGACACCACCGAACCAAUCAACUGUGGUCUUCGUACUCUGGAGGAGCUAUUGUCGUGGAAACGAAGCGAGGCAAACCCCUUUGUGGCUGUAGUCCCUCUGGCACCUCGGGAGCCUACUCUGGCCAAUUGUCUACGUCGGACCAUGGUGUCUCAUGACAUGAUGGGUGGCUACCUAGAUGACAGGUUUGUCCAGGGGACAAAUGCAGAGGCUCCGUAUGCCUUCUACCACUGGCAGUACAUUGAUAUUUUCAACUACUUCACACACAACCUGGUGACUAUUCCUCCUGCUGUGUGGACCAAUGCUGCACAUAAACAUGGAGUCGUCGUUCUUGGGACUUUCAUCACAGAGUGGACUGACGGAGCCGCUAUGUGCGAGGCCUUCCUGAAAGACGAGGAGUCGUACCGGGCAGUGGCUGAUAAGCUAGUCAAGAUCAGCCACUGUUAUGGCUUUGAUGGCUGGCUCAUUAACAUAGAGAACACCCUUAGUGAGGUUGCGGUGAAGAACACACCUUUGUUCCUGCGCUAUCUGACAGACCAGAUGCACGAGCGAGUGUCUGGCAGCUUGGUCCUGUGGUACGACAGUGUGAUCGAGACCGGACAGCUACAAUGGCAAAAUGAACUCAACCAGUCCAACAGGAUGUUUUUCGAUGCUUGUGAUGGUUUCUUCACCAACUACAACUGGACAGAGCAGAACCUGGGGUGGAUGAGGGACUACAGCGGGGUCCAAGGCCGCCAGGCUGACGUCUACAUCGGGGUGGACGUGUUCGCCCGAGGCAAGGUGGUGGGAGGAAUGUUCGAAACAAAUAAGGCCCUGGAAAUCAUUCGGAAGCACAACUUCUCUGCAGCCAUCUUUGCUCCAGGCUGGGUGUAUGAGGCCCACAAUGAUAAGACCGAAUUUCGCAAGAACCAGGACAAGUUCUGGGCUCUUCUGUCAGACUACCUGUACAUCCAUCGGCCAGCCUCACCCCUGCCCUUCAUCUCCUCCUUCUGCCAGGGCUUUGGGAAGGCUGUCUACUGGAGAGGACAGGUACUGAAGGGGGUGGAUCUGCAGCCAGAGGCAGACGGUUGUGAGGCGAAGAGGAACUGGUUCAACCUGACUGCCCAGGAGAUCCAGCCCAUGUACUACCAUACGGAGCUGGAGGACCAGGGCUGGCUGAGGAGCCGCGGCUGCCCUGAGGACGCCUGGAAUGGAGGCUGCUCACUGCUGCUGGAUGGACUCAUCCCCGCCACUCACACGUCUCCAGUUUGUGCCAAGAUCUUCUCCCUCCAUGUACCCCUGGCAUCCAAGACUCUGGUGACCCUUAUCUACAAGCCAUCUACUGGGAUCACAGUUUCCCUGGAGCUGAAGACAACAGACAACAGUCUUUGCACACACAUGGACGUCCAGGAUGUCAAACUUACCAGUGUGUCUCCUGUGGUACUUGAUGAGGGGCACCAGUUGGUGAGCCAGUUCUCUCAGCUGUGUGGCAACUUAAGUCCAGAUGGUUGGAAUGUCAGGUGUUCGCAGUUGGAGCUUAGUGGCUGUGCUCUUAGAGAAGUUAGUGUCAGCAUCCAGCGGGAUGGAGAGCCUCAGGACACACCUUUUAGCUGCAGGGUGGGAGAAAUCAUGUUCUUGGAUGUAGCCAGUCUGCAGGUUCCCCUUGAGCUGGUUCAGGGCUUGUGCAUUUAUGACGUGGUGUGGCUGCGUGGUGCCGGUACCUUGCCAGAGUCCACCUCUCCCCGCCUGCACCUCAACGCCACUCUGCGCUGGGACUACCCAACCAAGCUCGUACGUCACUUCAGGGUGUACUGGCGGCGGCUGAGAGGACCUGAUCCCCGAAUCCUCUCAGGUCAGCUGGUUCUGGUGGGCCGGGCAUAUUCGAAUCUUUUUAGAGUAACGGAGCUGGCAGUGCCGGAACCCCCUGGCUUGCUGGAGCUGGUGGUGGAGCCAGUGAUCAGGAAGGGCUUCCCGGUCCCAGAGAGCCACUGGGGAAGAAGAAGCCUCAGCUACACAGAGGACUUAACACAAUGACUUAAUAAAUGUUAUCAGGCUGCUUCUCCUUGACUCUUUAAUAAAUAGUGCUGCAAUCACGGCUCUGAUGUAAAAUUCAACGUUCCCAAGUUGGAGCACUUCAGUAACCUACAAUUUGUUUUUGGUUCAAAAGUGACAGUUGUACAGGCCCUAGUGACAGCUGUUGACUACUCUAUAUAACUGUCUACCCCUCACUGUCUGGUUGACUACUUUUAUAUCUAAAUGUCACAAAAUUUUGGAUUCAGAGGGAGAAGGCAAAGUGGGGCUAUUGACCAUACAUGAUGAACAUGAUGCUAAUCUGCUUGAAUCAUUCCAUCUUGCUUUAUUUCACUUACUUUAACCAAUCCUAAGUUUUCUUUUUACAAAAAAAUCGCAACUCAAUGUCCACUUACUUGCUUUUUCUUGAGUUUUCCACCAUAUGACACAGUUUUCAUCAGGGCUACAACAGCUACAUUGCAUGUCAAAAGAUCCAUCUCCAUGACAACUGGGCAAAAUCUGGGGCUGAAGAACUUGUGAUAUGGUUAAAUUUAACUUAAAAGGAACAGUCAAUAAGGGAAAUACCCUUAUUCACUUUCUUAUCAAGAGUUACAUGAGAAGACUGAUACCACUCUCCUGUCUGUACAGUAAAUACGAAGAUACAUCCAGCAGCUAGUUAGCUUAGCUUAACAUAAAGACUGGAAACAGGGGAAACAGCUAGCUUGGCUCUGUCCAAAGGUAACAAAAAAACACCUUCCAGAAGCUCUAAAGCCCACUAACUAACAUGUUAUAGCUUGUUUGUACAAAAACCAAAAAGUGUAAAAAUGCCAAGUUGUGGUUUUAUGUGCUGAACUAUUUCUUGGCUGGACGCAGUAAUGUGGACGUGCCGUUUUUACAUUCUUUUUGUACUGAUUAAACAAAUGAGAUAUAACGUUUUAAGGGAGCUUUAGACGUGCUGGUAGGCAGAUUUUGUUACCUUUGGACAGCCAGGCUAGCUGUUUCCCCGUUUCCAGUAUUCGUAUUUCCCAAAAUGUUGAACUAUUCUAUUAUAAUCCUAUACUAUUAUAAGUUGUGAUUUUUUUUUGUCCAAGCUAUUAUUUCUAACUAGCUUGUUGUAUGUGCUUGAGCAAAAUAACAAGCCUUUGGUCUCUGUGCUGCCAAAGACAUCACUCCAUGUUAGGGAAUGUAACAUUGUGAAAAUGAUCCAAUUCUGCUUUUAAAGGAUGAAAUGUCCAGAUAUAUUAAUGCUAAACUAGUGAUUAUGUGGAUUCGGUUUAUUUCUUAUGCAGUAUUAACCUUUUUGAACCACAAAUGUGCUUGAUAAACUGUAUGUUAGCGACAGACAGGUGACCUGUUAAAGGAAAAACCUAAAUUAAUGAGUGGAAAAACAUUUAGAAUGCAGAUGCAUCCACACAGGUGCACUGCAUGGUACAAUUAAGCAAUUAACAUCCAAUCAUGCUCUGUGGCAUGUAUAAAAAUGCUGAGCAGG